AUGAAGCUCUUCUGUUGGUGGACUUCCUGUAAAGAGGGUAAGGGGAAGGGGAAGAGGAAGGGAAAGACCAACGAUGACGAGGUUAAGCAGAAGAACGAGAAUGGGGUGGUUGUGGGUAUGAAACAGAACGAGAACGGGAAACCUGAAGCUGAGUUUGUUGAUAAGAAACAGAACGGGAACGAGAAACUUGAAGCUGAGGUUGCUGACACAAAUUUAAAUAGCGGGAAGUUCGGUGACAUACAUGAUGAUGAGGUUGGGUGGAGAUGA